CUAAAAGUGAAAGUAAACUUCAGUCUCAGUGUUUUGGCGUCUCAGCUGCGUUUUCAUCGAUGAGCGUCGUAUUUCACGAUAAUCCUGUUAAAUCUCAACCUAGCCGGCAUCACACAGGUCUUUAAUUGAACGAGAUGGCCGGCUCACAUCGCAACAACAGUGAUCAGGUGAAAGACCUUAUGCAAUUUGAUCAUGCCUCCGAAAACAGUAACAAGGAGAACAAUAAGGAUGAAAAAGAGAACAACAGCAAAGAAAGCACAAGUAAAGCCAGCUGCCCCACCUGCUCUGCCUCCUCCUCUUCCUCCUCCAGACCUUCUGGUAACGGGGAUGUGAAGGGUCGACCUGGAGAACGGAAUGAACCGGGGCAAUCACAGAAGCAGGACGGUGCUUCAUCAUCAUCAUCGUCAUUAUCAUCAUCAUCAUCAUGUUGUGAGCUGAGAGAUCUGAAGCGACUUAGACAGCAUCACAGCAAGAUGGGACCACUGACCUACAGCAGCACACACAUUGUCCUCAUAGAUGUGCCUAUUUUUAACCGUGAGAGAAAAGUUGUGGCCCAGACGGGGAGAGACAUAUGGAACAGUAACCUGGUGAAGAUGCCAGACUCCUCUCACAGUCUCAUGACGGCCAAGGGUGGAUUCUUCCAGCAAUCCUCCCUAGUGCCGAGGUGGAAAGUGAUCACCUAUCAUCUGGCUCCCCUGGCCAAGAAAACAUCAUUGGACGUGGAAGAUGUGGCGGAAGCUAUCAUCAAAUAUAACCAGAAGUAUAAAGACAAGUGGACUUUUGAUGCUCUCUCCACUUUUGUUAAGGUUGUCCCGAAAACAGAAAACUACUACCCCAAGCUGUUCCCUAAGAUCGCAGAUUUGGCCCUGAAGCUGCAGCACAUUCUGAGGAAGGUCGUCCCGCUGCUUCAAGGAGGACAAACAGCAUCCAUCACUCUGUCGCAGCUUCAGAUAGCGUGCCUGCUAGCUAACGCCUUUUUCUGCACUUUCCCUCACCGCAACACCUCCACUCCCAAAUCAGAGUACCACAACUACCCCACCAUUAACUUCAGCAGUCUGUUCUGGAGCUGGUCAGACAGGAAGAAAGAGAAGCUGAGGGCCAUCAUGCAUUACUUCAAAGUGGUGACAGAUGAGAAAACUAAACCAAAAGGAGGACUGGUGACGUUUGAGAGGAGAUGCCUCAGUGACACAGACAUACCUGACUGGAGAAGAUGUGAGGAGAUGAUGCCUAAACUUUACGUGUCAUCAAAAGGCGACAUCGAGACCGAAGGAACAGGCAUGUUACAGGUGGAUUUUGCCUCCAGUUGGAUCGGUGGAGGUGUGCUGGGCUCCGGUCUGGUGCAGGAAGAGAUCCUCUUCCUCAUAAACCCCGAGCUGAUCGUUUCCCGCCUCUUCACAGAGAAACUCGGAGACAGAGAGUGUCUGAUCAUUACAGGCUCUCAGCAGUAUAGCAGUUACAGCGGCUAUGGUGACAGCUUUGAGUGGACCGGACCUCAUGAAGAAACCCUCCAAAGGGACGACUGGUCUCGGCUGCAACGGCAGAUCCUCGCCAUCGACGCUCAGCACUACAAACACAGAAAAGAGCAGUUUAAAAUGAUCAACGUUACACGGGAGCUGAACAAGGCAUACUGUGGAUUUCAAAGUAUUGGACCUAACGAGCCGGACAUCGCCACAGGGAAAUGGGGCUGUGGAGCCUUCAAUGGAGACCCACAUCUCAAAGCCGUGAUCCAGUUGAUGGCAGCAGCAAAGGCCAACAGGGGAGUGGCCUUCUUUACAUUUGGGGAUGAAGACCUGGAGCAAGGCCUGAAGCAGAUCCACCACCUGCUGGUCAAAGAGAAGACGACGGUCGGGAAGCUGUACGGACUUCUGAAGGACUUCUGUGCCGUUCAGAAGUGCUCUGGUGGAUCUCCCACAGACCUGUUUGAGUUCAUCAGGAACACUUUAGGACAUUCCCGGAGUCAGCUGUGAGGACCGAAAAAUGUCCACGUAUGAUUUCUGACUUUGCAAUGAAACACAGGAAUGUUUAAAUCACAGAAAUGAAGAAGUUGCUACUUAAUCGUCUAUUUUAUGUAAGGAGGAGGAGAAGUGUUCCCAGCUGGAAUUGAAGGAGAGGUUCACAAUUUCUUUUUUUAAGUCUAUCUUCAACCAGCAAUCAGGUUUCCAUAUGAACACUGACAGAGGUUUUCCUCUCUGAAAUCAUUCCUCCUUUUUAAAUAAAGGCUUUUCUGUUUGCCUCCUCCUUCAAUUAAAUCAAAAUUGAGGCUUUUGGUUAAUAUGUUAUAUACUGUAACUUUUUUUUGUUUUGAUUUGUGCUUUGAGAAGACAUGGUAACACACUUUGAUGUGGAAAUUCAGAAGAAUUCACCUUUAAUGCACUUUUCUGACCUGUAAUUGUAAUAAUGGAUAAUAUUGUAUUUCUAUCGUUUACUGCCUUAUCUUUGAUUGAUGUUCAGUUGUAGAAAUAUCUCACUUGAGAAGAAAACCAUAAAACAAAAAAUAUAUAACACACUCACUGCUCUUUUUUUUUUUUAGACAAAACACAUGAAGGAAACAAAAAUAUAUGUGUGAGGUUGUUAUGGCUUAUAUGAAAAAAAACACACCCAAAAGACAAAAAGGUGAAAUGCAAAUGUACAAAAUCACUAAUACAUUUUAAAUAUUAAUGUUCAAAAAUUACACUGUAAUGUUACAAAGCGUAAUCAUUAUUGUUCCAAGUCAAAUGUUUUUGACAGCAGGGCAUUUCUAUGUCUUUUUUCUUUUGGAUAAUUAAAUGUAUAUGUCAGGACGAUGUCUAGUCAUUUUGAUAAUGUGAAAUAUUAAACAAUAAGAUCUAAAACUGUAAGGCAAAUAUGCAUUUCCUAUGUCUCACUUUAAAGACAAAUGUAC